AGGUCGACCUUGGAUUUCGUUCAAAAGUGUUGGGAUCAUCCUGACGAAUGAUGUCAUUACUAUGUCUCUGAAUUCUUUGUCUGUAUACCUUUCUCUUUGUAUUUUCACAUCUGCAGUAUACAUACAUGUUAGAGGCACAUAUUCGCACGGUUCACAAGGGGUGUUAAUAGCAAAUACUGUUGAUGGUUCGUUCAUCGGUUUAGAUAUAAGAAGUGGAAAGUUGUUUUGGAAGAUAGAUGGCCCUCCUCUUGUUUCUCAGAGUUUGAGUGAUCUCCAGCUCAUAACAAAAACGAAAUCAUAUAGUAUUGUUCCUUCUCUUGAUGGCCAACUUUUUUUGAUGGAGAGAAAGCUAAUUAAUGGCUCAGAUUUGCUAGGUGGAGCAUCACUUAAAGCAUUACCACUGAGCAUCGACUCUUUAUUCUCUUCAAAUUUUAUGCUCACAGAAGACUCACUAUUAACUGGAGGACGAGAACAUUCAACAUUCGCUUUCAAUCCUAACAACGGCAAAGUUAGUCCGUUACAUUUGGUGGCAAAUCUCGUUGAUUACUAUUUGAUUUAAUAGUUCACAAAGUUUACAUAAUCUAGAAAGGAUAUCUUCUAGCUGACUGAGGUCUUUAACUCAGAGUUAUCGAAAAUUAAAAUUUCAUGCCUAAGAAGUUCGUUAAAGUUUUUGUGGACGUGUUUAUGGAAUUCUGAAUCAGCUUUGGGAACCCCAUUAUUAGACCGAGACGGAUAGUUAGUUUGUCCGUACUACUUAUAACUCACACCAGCCGCUCUUGAUGACAAGUAGGGCUCGGACCCAUCGAACAGGUGUUUACAUGUUAGUGUGUGGUUUCGAAUAUUUUAAAACAUGUUUUAUAGGUGGAUGCACUAUAUUUAAAAGUUGAACUGACCUUGGACUAAUGGACGGGCUGAUUUCGGAACAGACUUAAUAUUACUUUAAUUUGUGGCCAAAACUUUUAAGUUAAGGGUUAAUGGUGAUUCCUUGACGAUGUCACAUACUUCGGUUUUCGCACCUAAGCAGCAUUGCAUUUUUCACAUCAACCAUAGCAAAAGCAAAAUGACGAAUAAACAUUAGCUAUGAAUUGAAAUGUUCUGAGUCAUGUAAGUGUAAAAUAAUGUAAACUCAAAUGGAAACAAGUAAUUUCCUGUCGUAUGACCACUUGCCUUUUUACUCGAAUUUAUCAUAAAGAUGCCAAUGUGAGUGAAUCUAUUUACUCCCAACUUUGGUGGAUUUGACGUUUCGCCUGCAAAUCCUGGGAUACGAAUGAAAUAAUCUAAUAUUCUCCAUGAAUGAGAAUAUUCGACCACUUUGUUUGUGUUAAUUCUCGAAGAAAGAAACUCAUCUAAAACGCCCACUAACUGAGCUAGUUCCACUCAAUGACAAAAAUUCGAUUAGCACUCUAAUUUUAUUAGGUCAGUAAUUUUCAGUUUUCUCUCACCUGAGACUCGGUUCAGACGAUAGUAGAACUUUUGUCCUCAGACUUUAAGGGUGCUUUUAAGAAAACUUUGCUUUCACAAUCCUUUCAUAUAGUUGCUUGCUUAUCGUCUCUUCCAGAAAAUCCUACCUGCUUGCACAUAGCAAAGUAUCCGUAUGAAAUUGAGAGUGAAAGUACAUCUGGGUUCUGGAUUACUUAUACAGAUAUAGAACACUCCACUAAUGAAAAUUGGAAAACACUGAUUCCAAGGUACUCCAGUGUGUACGUCCCUUUAUUAUAACUUAGGCCUGUACCAAUCGUGGAGGAGCAUAGACUGUCCACCAGUACUCUCUAUCGAACUCUGUUCUGGGCGAUUCUUUCCAGUUGUUUCCAGAUACUGUUCAUCCUCUUAAGGUCUGCUUCCGAUGCCCGACACUGUGUUCUUUGGCCUUCCUCUUUUCCGUUUCCCUUCAGGAUUCCAAGUUAGUGCUUGCCUCGUGAUGCAGUUUGAUGAUUUCCGUAAUGUAUGACUUAUCCACUUCUAACGUCUUUUCCGAAUUUCCUCUUGAGCUGGAAGCUGGUUUGUCCUCCCACAUUAGGUUGUUGCUGAUGGCAUCCGGCCAACGGACGUUGAGUACGUUGCGUAGACAAUUAUUUAUAAAUACUUGUACUGUUUUGAUGAUGAUUGUAAUAGUUCUCGAAGUUCCAAAUCUGUACAGUAGGACUGUAUUGACGUUUGUAUUGAAGAUUCUGAGUUUGAUGUUGGUUGGAAGUUGUCCUAAGUUAUAUAUGUUCUUCAGAUGUAUGAGUGCUGCCUUUGCUUUGCCAAUCCUUGCCCUUACGUCUGUAUCAGACCUUCUUUUUUCACGAAUGAUGUUUCCCAGGCACAUUUAGGUAAGAUAUUUUGUAUUAUCAUUCCGUCUACCUAACUUAUAAUCUGAAACGUAGGAAACUAGUUCAUAAGGUGUAAGUAGAUCCAGCAAAUCUGGUUAGAAUUUAGUUUUUGUUUAUUGGAAUGUAAUGACUCCUAGAAUGGGGUUCCGGGAUCAUGUAACUUAGUGGUUUAAAACUAUCAGACAUGAAUCACAAUGUAUGGCUGUAUUAAUCCUGCUACAAUUAUCCAUUGUUUUGUAUUUUUGAGAUUAAUAGUACUUAUCUCUUUUUAUUCGAGGUGUAUUCCUCAAUAAUUUUCAUGCGUAUUUUAUCGUAUGAAUUCCUUAAUUCAUUGAUACAUUACUAUUAGUUCUGUCUCUGUGGGACAUUCCUCAGCUCUCGUUCUUAUAAGCCAUAUUUUUAGUAUGAAAAAUGAUUAAAAAUUAAAAUCUUCAAUAAAUAGAACAUUUCUGGUUCCUCCAUAUUCUGUUACUAGGGAAAAGUUGGAAACACUAAUAGCAUUUUAUAUAAGAUAUAGGGCCAAAUUUUUAAUUUACGUUCUCUCUUGGUAACGCACUCAGGUGUCAAGUAUUUUCGAAGUGGAUUACCACCUAAACUUACUACUAUUAAUGGAGUUAUUCUAUUCUGACAAUCCUAAAUAUGAAUAAUCUGGCUCACGAAUUUGAAGCAAAUCAAGCACUUAAUGCUAUUUUCAAAGAGGUAAAUUAAAAUGUAUUAUAGUUUUUAGUGUCUUGAUUUAUCAGAGCCUGCAUUUUAAAUAUAGGCCACUGUCAAUUCUAGAUCGUUGUUAUAUUCUCUUCGAUUUUUGAACUGAGACAUCAAUAAUAUUUGCGAAACUAAGGUUAGUAGUAUUAAGACAAAAGCAAUACAUCUGCCAUAUAAAGAUUACGUAUCAAAUCGAACUUUAUCAGCUUAUUUUAAGCACAGUCUCGAUUUUUAUAGCUUUUUCGUCUUUUAACUAUCCAUAGUGUGUUAGUAAACAAAAAGCAAAGAGUCCCGGUUGUUUGUUAAAUAUUCAGAGGUAAUUUGUUCUCAUUCAUUUCCUCUUCCCUUUAUGAUUUUUUUGUGCUAUGGCUUGUAUUCAUAAUUCGUCUUCAUUUUUCGUCCAAUUAAUUCCAGUAAAUGGCCCAUUUUCGCUUGUUUUACAGAUCAAAUAUAAUUGUACCCGUGAUGGGUGUACUAGUUCUGAUGUUAAUAAAAAGUUGGUUGAAGAACCUCCAAAUACAAACGAUCCGACCAUUAUAGUAUACAGAGUAAAUAACGUAGUCCGCGCUGUAAGUGCUCCAUCGGGGGUUGAAAAGUGGAAUUUGAGCGUUCAUCAAUACGAGCUUUGCCUGUUAACUGGUGGGAUUCCUACCCUACCUACUGCUGUGCAGAAGACUUCACCUAUUUGUAACGUACCUUUGGGUACUCCACAUACUCACAAAAAGUUUGUAGAUGAGUCAUUUAUUGAUAUGGAAGAACCGGAUUGGGAUAUUGGACUAGACAAACAUACAAUAACUGCAAGAACGAAAGGUUUACAGUCCGAAGAAAUAUGGUCCCACAACUUUAAUUCAAGGAUUUCAAAAGCUUGGAUUUAUCGUAGGGACUUACAAAACUUAAGACCACUGUCAUUGUUUAUGUAUGACAGAGUUGCCUUACUAUUAAUUGAAAAGGUGAAUGAAUUAAAAAAAACAACUGCCAUUUCAAAUUUGGGAUCAUUAAAAGAAAAAGGCUUGAAUCUGUUCAAUGGGAAAAAUACUCUUUCCUCAUCACGUAAAGAAAAACCUAAUUGUCCAUCACGCGAUCGUCUUAUUUAUCUUGGUAGCUUAAAUGGUCAGCUAUAUGUUCAAGCUGAAGAUGGUGUUGAUCUUCCCAAUCCGGAAAUGAUAAAUCUGUCUAAAAGUUUAUCUAUACAUUCGACUGAAUCACUGAAUAAUCGUCGUUCUGAUUUAACUGGCUACUAUCAAGCGUCCUAUUCAAACUCGCCCAAAUUAGAAAAAUAUACACAACCAUUUCUUUUAUAUGAUAGUGUUGAAGAAACAAUUGAAAAGGCUACCGCUUUAGGAUUUCCAAGUAAUGUGGGGCAAUUCAAGCCUGUACAUGAUUUUCAACCGGAAACGAUACCUGAAAAGACUGUAACUUCAACUGAUAUUGAAAUGAGUGACACUAGUGGUAUACCAGGACAAUUUCUUGACAGUGCAAACGAUUUACUUAUGCUCCUAUUACGUGCCAGUGAGAUUGCUGUAAAUCAUUCACCGUCUGGUAUUGAAAAUAGUAGGUCGUUAGGAUUUAAUCUGUCUACACAUUUCAUACAAUUGUUAGUUUUGACUGGAGUAAUUUAUUUUACGGCACAUUGGAUAAUGAAUGUGAAAAUUAACUAUGAUACACAGUUGAAAAACUAUUCCUUUCAGUCUGAGCCAUGUAAUUUGGAAUCAGUUGUUGUCAAAACACAUAGUUCAUCGGGAGAUUUGUGUGAUACACCAAAAUGUCCAUCAUGUUCGACUCCGAAUAAUUUAACAUCAAAUCCUUCAUGUCAGUCUCUGCUUACUACUGCCAAUAUGCAACCACCUAGUUUUAUUUCAUCAUUUGAAACAGAUUUCAAGUAUAUACGUCGACUUGGACGUGGUGGUUUCGGUCAAGUGUUUGAAGUUGAAAAUCGUCUUGAUGGUUGUCGUUAUGCUAUCAAACGUAUUAAAAUGAAUGAUACCGACGAUGAUAAAAAUAUAUUUCUACGAGAAGUAAAAGCCUUAGCUACACUUGACCAUCCAGGCAUUGUCCGCUACCAUCGUGCUUGGAAGGAAUAUCCUCCUGCUGGCUGGCAAGAGUCACAUGAUGAAUUAGUACUCGGUUUAUCUGACGACUUAACUUCCAGAAACAGUGACUGUACAGAUUGUGGGAACAAUGAGAAUUAUCCAUCAAAUACUCUCUUCUCGUCAAAUAUCAAUUCGCGCCAUUCGAAUGUAUCGCUCUGCGUAGAUAAGAGCUCAAUAGGAUUAAAUGAGUCUCAUCACUCCAGCUAUCGAGAGCUUUCAAAAGCUUGUUUGGAUGACAGCCUUAUCGUUUUUGAUCAUCAAAACAGUACUGAAAUAUUUUCAUUAAAUGGUUCAAGCCUUGUAGAACAAUCCAUCAAAGAUAAAUCUAAAAAUGAAACUAAAUAUACAUGCUACUUGUACAUUCAAAUGCAAUUAUGUUCUCCAAUAAGUUUACGUGAUUGGCUUGUUUCUCAUAGUAUUCCAGAAUCACGUCCACCACGAGUUGAAUUGAUCUGUAUGUUUCGUCAAAUUGUUGAAGCUGUAGCUUAUUUACAUGAUCAUUCUUUAAUGCAUCGUGAUUUGAAACCUUCAAAUAUCCUGUUUGAUUUAACCAAUCGUCUUAAACUUGCAGAUUUUGGUUUAGUUACUUCUAUGGUUGAUGAUAAAUUAAAUCAAUCAGAUAGCUCUUAUAUCAAUUGCAAUAAACAAGGGGAGCAGCCUUCAUGUUCUUCAUUGACUACUAUUGUAAAUGAUUUGAAUGGUGAAUCAGAGCAUAAUAAUAACAAUGCCAUCAUCGAUCGAAAACUAUAUCCUUUGAAAGAAAUUAGCACUGCUCAAAAAAAGUGUUCUGUAUUGACACGUAGACAUACUGAUCACGUGGGAACAGAUCUAUACAUGAGUCCUGAACAAGAACGAGGGGAUAUAUAUAAUCAUAAAGUGGAUAUCUUUUCAUUGGGACUGAUCUUUAUCGAAUUGUUGAUAAUAUUUAAUACGUCAAUGGAAAGAAUAUUUACAUUAACUCGAGCAAAACAUCAGAAACUUCCUAGGGAAUUUAUGAUCUGUAAUCCAUUCGAAACUGAGUUCGUUCUCAAACUUUUGGAUUAUGAUCCAGUCAAACGUCCUGAUGCUCCUGAGAUCUUAGAAAGUGCACUUAUUAAACAAUCUGUUACAUAGCAGUAAUGAUAGGGUAUUCAUUUUUUCAAUACCCAAAGUACAAAUUUAUCAGAUUUUUGUUGUCACAUCUUAAUAUAUUUGAUAACCUCUUCUGUGAUCUGUAAAAUAAAUGUGUUUUUUAUACAAUGGAUUAUCUUCUAUA